UUAAUCACCUCUGGGUUAUUUUUUCUUAAGCCAAAAACCACUGAAAAUUUUGAAAAAAAACCCCGUUUUUUCUUAAUUUUUGUUAUAAAAUUUUGUAAAUAAGUAAUUUUUCUCCUUCACUGAUGUGCGCUAAUGAGGCUGCAGUGAUGGGCACCGAUAGGCUGCACUGAUGGACACUGAUAGGUGGCACUGAUGGACACUGAUAAGGAGGCACUGUUAGGUGGCACUGAUGGGCAUUGGCAGGCAU